AACUAAAAUGCGAUUUUGACAUUUUCCACAACAUAACAUAACCCAGAACUAAAACUGUCAUUUUAUAUGAAGUUUAUGUAUGUACAGACUACAUAUUUACGUGAUGCAUAGGACAGAGUGAAAAAUUAUAUACAAUUUUGUAGUUUUGUAUAAUUCGAUCAUUAUGAAGCAACAAGGAUUAGAUUCUAAAGCCGAUCCAACUGGUGAGGGCGUGCAGUCUCUCUUUGAAUAUUUACAUGCAGAAAUGGUUACAUACGUUCUAAGUAAAGCAGAUAAUGAUAAAGAAGAAGAACUUUCUCGCUUGGAAUGGAUGGGAUAUAGCGUUGGAUAUCGCAUUAUAGAACGCUUAUCGAGGGAAUGGUCGAGGUUUAAAGAUGAGCUGGAUAUAAUAAAAUUUAUUUGCACCGAUUUUUGGUCAACACUUUACCACAAGCAAAUUGAUAACUUGAGGACAAAUCAUCAUGGUAUAUAUAUGCUUCAGGAUAACGAAUUCCGUUUAUUAGCCAAUAUUGGUUCAAAGGGGAGUAAACAAUAUCUGCGUGAAAGUCCACGAUUACUUGCAUUCUCAUGUGGUCUUCUUAGAGGUAGCCUUGCUAAUCUUGGAGCAGUCAGUACUGUUACUGCAGAAAUAUCAGCCCUACCAAGUUGUAUAUUUCAUAUUAAAGUGCAAAGAAUGUAGCUGUUCUUAUCAUAGAAAAAGUAUAUUAACUAAAGCAUUGUAAUAUUAAAAUUCAUUUAUUGAAUGGAAUAUCUGUCAUGCAGUGUACGUUAAAAAAAAAUAAUUAACAGAAUUGAUUAUA